AUGCCCAACUGCACUGGAGACGACGACGGUAACAACGAGGGCUACGAAUGCCUCAUCGCGAUCGACACUACGGGAGAGUCGGACACUACGAGAGAAUCGGACACUACGGGAGAAUCGGACACUGAGGGAGAAUCGGACGCUACGGGAGAGUCCGGCCAGCACUACUGCAUCUACUGCUUAACGGACUAUGACACGGCGCAGGGAUAG